AUGCGGCAGAUAGGCAGUGUCCGUGGCUCCACCCCAUCCCAUUGCAUUGCAUUGCACCUCGCUUCACCGCACCCCAUCCAGUCUAUCACUCUGCACUGCAUCUCAUCUCAACCCGUCCCACAACCUGUUGUAUCUCGCUUCUUCGCUCGUCGUGCCCAGCCACUAUCAUUCCUCCCUCUACCAUUCUCACCCCUCACCUCAUCACUGCACUGCACCCCUCCCUUCUCAGGGGUCUGUCGUCCAACAUUCUCUCAGGCUCCAUCCCAGAGCCGCUUAUCGCUGCGCUCACCAACACACCUCAGCUGGACUUAA